AUGGGUUCUUGUAAUAGCUGCACUUCCUCCAAUUAUGUGCAGUCAAACAUGGAUUCAGAGGAGGAUAGUAAAACGGUUUAAAGGGUGAAAUCCAUACCAAAUAAAGGCACAGGGACUUAUGAAAAGAGUAGAACUGAUUUGGAAGAUAAUUUAAUUGCUGAUGAGAACAGUCUUGAAAACAGUUAGCAAAUACCUACAUUUAUUUAAUAGAGAAAGAUAACAGAAAUAGUUGUGUAAACAAGAAUGAAUAGGUUUAUGAAGGAUAUUGAAGAGGAAGUAAGAUAUCGAAUAAAAUAGAUAUAACUAGAAGAAAAAGAGUAGUUGGAAAAGCUUAAUUAAUCACAAUAACAACUUAUGUCAUUUUAGGAUUGCAAACUAGAUUCAGCAGAUUUCAAUAGUGCACACUUUAAUCAAUCUAUCUCCUUCUAAAAUUCUUAGGAUUUCUAAAAUAUGCAAAAUAUACCUUCUAAAACAUAUUUGCCAAGACAAUAUUCACAAUUCGCGCCCAAAAAAGAUAAUGACACUGUGACCUAUAAUUCUUAAGUGAGUUAGACAGUAAAUUCCUUCAAAUAGAGGACUCCCACAAGAGACAAAAAUAAAACCAUCCAAACUUUGAAAGAUGAAGAAAAAAGCCUAUUAGCGAGUUUUGGAAGUCAAUAAAACAAUCCUCGUAAUUCAGAUUCGCAAGAUGUUUAAUUCAGUGAUCAAUUUCGAGAUUAGGUUUCGAGUAAUGCAAGCAAAGAUCAUAGUGUGAGAAGCAUUUUAAAAACCAGUUAACAUGUUUAAGGUUUAAAGAGAAAUUACUCAAUCAAAUCUACUUAUACAAAUGUUAAACAUAAAAAAGUCUCAUUCUCAGUAGAUACAAAUUACUUUACUACCAGAACUACAAAAAGAAAUUAAACCAAUUUAUUAAACAAAGCAUGA